AUGCAGCCACCGAGCCUCGCCCACAUCGACGAGCUCGUCGUCAUGAUUUUUGCCUACCUCGAGCCGAGGCAUCUCGUUUCAGCCGCAGCCGUCUGCAGGCAUUGGUCGGACCUCGCCCUCGACAAUCUCUGGUCAGAGAUCCGCGAUCUCAAACGGGUCGUCACCGUCCUUGCCCCCCUCGUCCUCCGCAAACGCCGGUCCCAGUCCGCGGACAAGCUCCCCAGCACCUAUGUCUUCAAGCGACCGCUCACCGCCGCAGAUUGGCACCGAUUUCAGCGAUACUCCGGCAGAGUCCGUCGCCUCCGACACGACCAGCGAUACAUUGCCAGCACACGAACCACUCUCCCUCGCCAGCACAUCCCCCUCAACGCCCAGGUGUACGACGACCUCGUCGCGACCUGUCCUACGCCAGAAAUCUUCCCAAAUGUGCAGCACAUCGAAUGGAUGCCUUAUUCAGCCGACCGGCAGCUCCUCGUCCUUCCCUUCCUCCACCGGCGCAUCAAGCAUCUCUCCCUCUAUCUCUACUGCUCCGACCGCGUGCCCCUCCCACACUUCCUUCGCCAAACGGCAGAACGCUGCUCCGGAUUGUCCAGCCUCGAGCUCAGCUUCCACCAGCCCGUGCGCAGCUACGAGAAUGACGUACCGAACCUCCUCCAGGGUCUCCAGCACCUCCAGCACAUCACCGUGCCCGUCUACUGCCUCACCCCCCGCCUCUUCUCCAAUAUCGCCGCCUUCCGCCACCUCGAACGAAUCUCCCUCCGCGAUCCCUCCGCGGUAUCGACUGGCGACCGCCUCGACGUCGGCCAUCCCCUGCCGGUGCUGCCCCGAGACUCCUUCCCCGCCCUUCGCAGCCUCUCCAUUGCCGCCCAGAUCCCACACGCGACCCAGUUCCUGCACGCGAACCACUUCCCCGCCCAGCUCACCGAGCUCGACCUCAAAGCGGUCGCAACCGUGCCCCCCCACACCCUGCACGAGCUCUUCGCCGCCGUCCGCGACCGCUGCCCGCACCUCGCCCAGCUCUCGCUCGACUUCAUCAUCGAGCCCUCGAUGCCGCUCUCCUGGCCGCCCCCGCCCGCGACCGCGCGCCCGACGCCCGCCACCUUCGCGCCCCUCCUCGCCUCCCGCCACCUCCGCGAGUUCCGCUUCCGGUGGGACUACGCCCUCAACCUCGCAGACGCGGACGCGGACGCGCUCGCCCGCGGCUGGGCCGCCCUCGAGGUCCUCGAGCUCCACCCGGAGCCGGUCCCCGAGGACGCCCCGCCGCGGCUCACCCUCCUCGCCCUCGUCCCCUUCGCCCGGCACUGCCCCCGCCUCCGCCACCUCGCCCUCAACCUCGACGCCCGCCUCCCGCCCCCGCGCACCGCCGGCGCGCCCCCUCCGCGGCCGCACACCUCGCCCAGCUCCGACUCGGACGACUCGACGCCCUCCUCCUCCUCCGCGCCCGUCUCGCGCGCGCCCUCCUCCCCGUCCUCUUCCUCCUCCUCCUUCCCGUCCUCCUCCGCCGCGGCGCUCGACGACCUCCCGCGCUUCGCGUCCCUCACCUCCCUCGCCGUCGGCCUCUCCCCCAUCGGCCCGGCCCCGCCCGUCGCGCUCCUCCUCUCGCACGUGCUCCCGCCCGGCUGCGCCGUGCGCGCGGGCCUGCGCUGGCCCGACGCCGUCGACGCCGGGCUCGAGCGCGCGCGCGUCCCGCCCGCGCUGCGCGUCGCCGGCGCCGCCGGCUGGCGCGCGUGGGGCGACGUCGCGACGCUGCUGCCCGUCGCGACCGCGGCAAGGAUGGAGGAGCGCGCGCGUGCGGGCGCGCUCGUGCGCCGGCUGCGGGAGAUGCAGGUCGAGCGGAGGGAGGAGCGGAGGAGGCUGAGUUGGUUGGAGAGGGAGGUGAGGGGGCUGAGGUUGAGCUCGGGGCGGGCGGGCGCGGGCGACGGGCCUGCGUGA